AUGCAGAAGCAGAAUCAGAUGAUGAUGCAGAUGAUGCAGGGUAUGCAAGGACAACAACCUCCUGCUCCAGUUCCCGUUCCACAAGCUCCAACAGGGCCAGAUUUUCGUGCUUUCUUCAGAAUGGAUCCUCCAGAGUUUGCAGGUGGCUUAGACCCGGUGGUAGCCCAUGAUUGGUUGGCUAGUAUGGAAAGAAUAUUCCAGGCAAUCCAGUGUAAUGAAGAAGAGAAAGUGAUCUUUGCUACGCAAAAGAUGAAAGGUCCGGCUCUUAGGUGGUGGAAUACCGCAUCUACCUAUUUCACUACCAAGGAGAUCCCUAAGGACUGGCAUCAUUUCAAGGCGGCAUUUCUGGAGAAGUACUUUCCUAACAGUGUCCGGACCCAAAGGGAAAGAGAGUUCCAGAACUUUAAGCAAGGCAACUUGUCAGUUUCUGAGUAUGCUGAGAAGUUUGAAGAUAUGGCUGAUUACUCACGACAGGCUGUUUACGCUCCUGAUGAGUUAUGGAAGAUUGAUCAAUUCUUGAUGGGUUUGAGGGCCGACAUUGCUCAUAGUUGCUAUGUUGCCGAAAACAGCUUGAAGAGAGUUCAAGAAGAGAGGAACCAAAACAGGAUUAACUUUAGAGACCAAGGAAGAUCUACUCAACACUUGAAGCCCCGCAAUCCUCCAUCAAAGAAGAAACAAGGCCCUAGUGACCAAUCCUCUCGACCUCCUUUUUGUGACAAGUGUAGGAGGAGGUAUACCGGAGAUUGCAGAUUCGCUCCAGUUACUUGUUUCGAAUGCGGCGAGCAUGGUCACAUCUCUCCGCGUUGUCCUAGAAAGAAGAAGGCUCCUGAGACGACUACAGGAUGUGUGUACACCUUAUAUGCGAGGAAGGCUAAGGGGAACAACAAUCUCAUUGCGGGUACGUGUUAUGUAAACAACCAACCUUUAUGUGUUUUAGUUGAUUAUGGAGCUACUCAUUCCUUUAUCUCAACCGAAUGUGUUUGCCGACUUGGUUUAGAAAUUACUCCAUUACCCAAUCCUAUGGCCAUUUCUUCGGCGACCGAUGAUACGGUGGAAGCCCGACUGAUUUGUAAGGAUUGUUCAGUGUCUUUUAAUGGUCGUGACUUUCUGAUUGAUCUAAUUUGCUUACCCCUCAAGAGACCUGACGUCAUUCUUGGAAUGGAUUGGUUAUCUCUUAAUUCGGUGUAUAUUGGUUGUAAGGAAAAGGCCAUAUUCAUUCCGGCAGAAGAGACUUAUUCCGAUGAUGCAAUUACCAAAGAUUCCAGUGGUGUGCGAAUUUCCUGA